AUGCGGGCACACUGCGUCCGCUUACUGCCUGUCUUAGUGCACUUUAUUACCAUUCUAUGCGCCCCGUUCUCUCGCUCUCACGCCUCACAACUCCCUUCCUCAUCCUCUUCCUCCCUCCCCUUCUCCCUCCUCCAACCCUCUUUCCACUCUCCUCCCUCCCCCCCCCCCCCCCCCCCCCCCCCUUUCCCCUUCCCUUCCUCUCCCGUCCCCCCCUCUUCCCCUUCCCCUCCCCUGCCCCCCGCUCCGCUCGUCCCCAUUUCUCAGUCUGUGCAAGUCUUCGUGCGCGUGGGGAGGGGCGACUCGCUCCGCGUGCUCGCGCGCACCUUCAACUGCACGCCCGCGGAUUUCAUCCGCGCAAACACCGAUUUCAUCGCCAACAGCGGCGACGUAAUCUACGAGGGCGAUAUGCUGCGCGUUCCCUCCUUCGCCUGGACCGGCACCGCGCCGCCUGGCCUCCAAGACCGCAUAGUGAUUAAGAACGUCGACGAGUCGGGGUCGUCCGCCGGAUUAGGUGCCGCUGCAACCGCCGCCGUCACUGCGGUGAAGGCUAAGGCGCAGGCGCUGAUCACGUCUGUGGGGACGGCGGCGGGGGGAGCCGGGGGCGCGGGGGGGAUCGGCGGAGCGCAGGGCGGAGUGCUGCUCGGGGCGAUCGGGCUGGCGCUGAUUGUGGUGGGCGGAGUGGCGGUAGGGCGGAAGAAGCUCGCCAAAUCGGCGGCACCAGCGGAAGCAGUGACGCCGCUAGCGGGAGCAUCCGUGGCUGCAAAAGGCCCAUAUUCCGACGCAUCUGAACCCACAACUCUUCCCAACAAGCUCCUGCAAGCGUCUGUCCUCUCCACCGCUGCUGCAGCUUCUGCCACGGCCGCUUCCCCUAAAACAACCGGCCCGUAUUCAGACCCUUCACAGACUGUGAAUCUGCCUAUUCCUGUCGCUGCUGCUCCUGCUAAGACUACACUUGCCGCAGCAUCCGGGCCAUAUUCCGAUGCUUCAGAGACGAAUAGACUGCCCAGCAAGAUGAUGCAGGCGUCUGUUCUCCCCUCCUCCUCCUCCCCUGCUACUCCCGCUAAGACCGUCCCAGCAGCAACUGGACCGUACUCUGUUGCUAUGGAGAUUAUCAGCGCAUCCCCCAAGCUACAGAGGUCCACCUCCUCCUCCUCCUCCUCCUCCUCCUCCUCCUCCUCCUCCUCCUCCUCCUCCUCCUCCUCCUCCCCUGCCGCUGCUGCUCCUGCUGCUGCCGCCGCUGCUGCUGCUCCUGCUAAGAGCUCCAUUGCUGCAGCAUCCGGGCCGUAUUCCGAUCCUUCGGAGUCUGUCAAUCUGCCCAACAAGUUGCGCCAGGCGUCUGUUCUCCCCACCUCUGCUGCCGCUAAGAGUGCCACCGCUGCUGCAGCAGCAGCCGGGCCGUAUACCGACGCUUCGCAGGUUGUGAAUCUGCCAGUCCCUCCUGCCUCCCCUGCUGCUGCUGCUCCUGCUAAGGCCGCCGCAGCAACCGGACCAUACUCCGAUCCUUCAGAGACGGUCAAUCUGCCCAACAAGCUGCGCCAAGCGUCCGUUCUCACCCCCGCUUCUGCUGCUGCCGGUGCUGCAGCUGCUGCUGCUGCUCCAUCAACUGGACCAUACUCUGAUGCUUCAGUGACCGAGAGCCUGCCUGCUAAGAAACCUCCCGUGGCCCCCACCCCCUCCGCUGCCCCUGCUGCUCCUGCUAAGGCCUCAGCGUCCGGGCCGUAUUCCGAUCCGUCAGAGACUGUCAAUCUGCCCAACAAGCUGCGCCAGGCGUCCGUUCUCCCCACCACCCCUGCUGCUGCUGCUGUUUCUCCUGCUAAGGCCGCAGCAACUGGGCCAUACUCCGAUGCUUCAGAGGCUGAGAAGGUUCCCAACAAGUUGAUGCAGGCGUCUGUUCUCCCUGGAUCCUCCUCUCCGCCUGCUGCUGCUCCUGCUGCUGCUGCUGCUACGGCCCAGCCUGCUGUAGCAGCAGGCAACGGUGCCGUGGCGGCAGCGGCAGAGGCAGAGAAACCUGCUGAGAAGAAGAAACCCAUCUGGAGCUUCUUGUUCAAAAAGAAGGAAGCGAAGAGCGAGGAUGAGGAGGAGAACUGGCGCAAGAUCCAGGAGCUGAUCAAGACGUCAAUCCCUGCGCUUGCUGUCGGGCUUGGCACUGUCGCCACCGUCACUGGCGGAUUCCAAGGGGCCAUGGAGGCCAUAGGGCUCACAGCAGUCACAUCCUUCAUUGGAUACGACCUUCUUUGGGCCGAGCAGAGGCAGCGACUGCUGAAGGACCUGAAGAGUAUCAAGAGUCCAGACGAUGUCAAGAAGUUUGUGGAGGAGCGUGGCAUCGCCCCCAAGCCGUACGGCAUCGUGGAUGGGGACACAUUUCUGCUACCGCCCAAUGCGUUCCAGGAGAAGAAAGUCACGUGUGGAGCGUUCGCGAAGCGGCCCUUCUGGUUCCCCACCGACUCGUUCCAGCUGGAGGUGUAUGCUGCUGCCACCGUGGGCGAGGUGGCUAAUGGCCUAAACUCUGGGUUGCUGGGGCGCAAGCAGCUGCCAGUGACGUUCCUAGAGACGGGAGCGCAACCCCCCAGCAUGCUGCGCUCCCCUUCGCAACCCCCUCUCGACCCAUCCCAGGCAGAACAGCAGCAGCAGGCACUGGCGUCAACCCAGGCAGCGCUGCAGCAGUGCGAGCAGUCGCUGCAGGUGCAUCGAGAGGCGCUGGUGCUGCUGACAGGCAAGCUGGACCACCGGGGGGAUGAGCUGGAGGCUGCCAGAGGGAAGAUUCAGCAGCUCGAUGAUGCCCUUGCCAUGGCAGAAAGGCAGCUGGCAAAGCUCCAAAGGGAGGCAGCCAGUCGCCCCCCCGUCAUGCCAGGAAACCUCUCCUCCUCCUCCACCUCCUCCUCCUCCUCCUACUCGGAAGCACGGGAGCUGCAGCGGCUGCAGGGGCUGCUGGAGGCAGCAGAGGAGAGGGCCAAGGACGCCAACAGUGAGUCACGGCAGCUGUACCUCGAGUGCGAGGGGCUGCGCAGGCAACUGGAGGAGGAGCAGCAGCGCAGCAGCAACGGUCUGCAGGGAGCGCAGCAGGUGGAGGAGAAGCUACUGGAGGCACUCGCAGCAGCAGACAGUGCCAGGCAGCGCCUGGCAGCAGCACUGCAGGACAAUGCAUUGCUGGAGGAGGCAAAGGUGCGCGCAGAGAGGGAGAGGGCGAGUGUGCACAUGCAGAUGCGGGCUCUGAGGGCGGAGAAGGUGGAGGUGGAGGGGCAGGUGGGGCGCCUGCAGCGCACCAUGGAUAAGCUCCGCCUCUCGCAAGUUCCCCGCCUGCGACUCAUUGCCGACCUGGCAGCGACGCGCAUGAAGGGGGAGCGGCUGGAAGAAGAGAAGGCGCAACUGCUGCAGCACAUGCAGGAGAUGGAGGAGGAUCUGCGCCGCACUGCCCGCACACAGACGGGCGAUUGCAGCGAGACUUCAUCACUGUCUGGUGUUGAGAGUGUAGGAGGAGGGACAGAGGGAGGGAUGGAGGAGGAGGCAGGGGCAGCAGCCUCCUCCUCCACAGUGACUAUCCUGGAGCAACAGCGGCAGCUAAUGGAUUUGGAGCAACGGCUGAGAGAGGAGGAGGAGAGAUGCAGGGAGCUGCAGGAGAGAGUGAGGGAGGCUGAGGAGAGAGUGAGGGAGGCAGAUGAGAGAGUGAGGGAGAGCGAGAAGAAGGCACAGGAGGUGGAGGAGAGGGAGGUAGAGGUGGUGGAGUGGGAGAAAGAUCUGGAGACGAAGGAGAAGCAGCUGGCAGCAAGAGAGGCUAUGCUUAAGAGCGGCAGUGUGGCGAGCAGCAUUGGGAGCAGGAGGGGAGAGGAGGGUUGGGAGGUGGUGGGAGGAUUCAGUGGCUCGCAAUUCGACCAGCAGCACGAGCAGGAGAGAGGCACGAGCGCAUGGGCUCAGGAUGACCGCUUGAAAGAGCAGGAGGAGCGCGUGAAGGAGCAGGAGGGCGCGAUACUGGACCUGCUGGGGAAGGUGCAGGAGCAGCAGCAGCGGAUCACGGCUCUGCAGGAGCAGCUGCAGCAGCAGGAGCAGCGGGUUACGGAGCUGGAGGAGGAAAGGGGGGAGCUGGAGCAGCAGCUCGAUGCCAGCAGGGCUGCUGUGGUUCAGGCGGAGGAGAGAGUCCAGGCUGCCACUGCCGCUGCUGCUGCUGCUGCAACAGCUGCGACGGGUGGCCUGAGUGUAGCAGAUGGCAAUGCCAAUGGUGCUGAUGCUGAUGCUGGUGCUGAUGAUGAGGUGCAGCGGUUGCGGCAGCAGGUGCAGGAGCAGAGGCGGCAGCUGCAGGAGAACGAGGAGUCGUUUGAGCGGUGGGAGAGGAGCUACGAUGAGAGUGAGAAGCAGGUGGAGUCAUUGAAGCGCAACCUGGAGCGCAUGGUGGCAGACGCAGACGACUUCAAGGCACGCAUGCAGCAAGAGGCGCAGAGCAGUGUGGACGAGCUGCAGAGGCAGUUGUUGGAGGCCGAGGAAGCAAGGCAGAAGGCGAGACAGGAACUGGACGAGGCGAACCAGCGAGUGGAGCAGAUGCAGGCGCAAGGAGAGCAGGCGGAGCAGCUAGAAGCAGAGCUAGAGGCGCUGAGGGGGAGAGUGCGCGCAGCAGAGGAGGAGGCGGAGCGGGCGAGGGAGAGGGAGGAGGGGUUGAGGGCGGAGGUGGAGGUCAGGGAGGAGGACGUGCGGGUGCUGCAGGCGACAGUGGAAGAGAAGCGCGAGGAAGUUGAGCAGGCAGAAGCAGCACGUGCCAUGCUGGCAGGGCUGCAGCAGAGCGUGCAGGAGAAGGCAGCAGCGGUGGAGAACCUGGAGGCUGCUCUGCGCCGCACUGAAGCGGACUUCCAUGAGAGUGAGAAGAUGUGUGACUAUCUCAAGACCAGGCUCGCCACAGUGCAGGGGGACCUGCAGGCACAAGUGCUGGCGUCCGCGGACCAUGCAGUCUCUGACGGCUCUGCCAUGCUGCAGCAGCAGAUCGACUCGCUCCGAGCCGCACUGGACCGCAAGGAUGCAGAGCUGGACGAGGCGAGUGAGCGGCUGGCAGCAGCGGAGAGGCAGCUGGAGGAUGCCCGGGAGGUGGCUCGCAGAGAGACAGAGCAGCGCGAACUGCACGCGGAGGAGGUGGCGCGCGCACGGCUGCACAUAGCGGUGGUGGAGCGGGAGAAGAAGGAGCUGGAGGGGCUGAGAGCAGCAUCGGGGCCGGAGAUGCUGGGCGUGCAGCGGGAGAAGGAGGAGGCGGAGGAGCGGGUGAGGGAGAUGGAGGGGGUGGUCAUGCAGCUCAAGACGCGCGAGAGGGAGCUGCAAGGCGCCAUCCAGUCAGGCCACGUUCAGUACCAGACCCUGCAAUCCACACUCUCAGCCAACAUC